GUUCUUUCUAGCUUAAUUUUCUUCCUUUUCCUCUCCUUUCCUAUCAUAUGAAACGCAUACUUAUGUUAGAAAAAAAAAACCCUCCCUUUUUUUUCUCUAGAGUAGAUCUUCCUCCACCCUUUUUAACCUUUCCCCUUCCUUCCAGAACCUAAGCAGGGACCGCUCUCCCCCUAUUCCUUUCUCUUUCUUAGAAGAAUUGGGAUUGAGAGUGUAUGAGGGUGAGAGAGUUCCUCCUAAAAGAAAGGCAUCUAUCCAGCUACCCUUCCAGCCCACUCAGAAAGCAGAGCUGCGGAGUUCUUUGCCUUUUCUAACUUUCUUUGUGUAUGGUGAGGGCCGCUGGAGGUUAGAAUGGCAAGGGACAGUGAGAAAGCGGGUGAGCGGAACGUGCUCGUCCGGGUGGUCUGGAACUGCACCGACAUGAAGUUUCUCCUUAUCUCCCUCUUCCUCCUCUGCUGUCUCGCCACCGUCGUCCAGUUCCUCCGCUACACUCUCCGCCUCUCCUCCACCGACCUCACCACUACGUUCUCCUCCCAAUCUCCACCCCUAAAUCUCUCCUCUCCCUCCUCUGUACCGACUCCUCACCCUCUGAAAAACGAGGAGAUAACUGCGGAUUCCGUGGUGAGGAGGGCCUUCAACCCGGUCGGCUCCGCUGCGUACCUCUUCGUCCAGAUGGGGGCCUACCGGGGCGGUAAAAACACCUUUGCAGUCAUCGGACUCGGGUCCAAGCCGCUCCACGUGUUCGCCAACCCCGCGUUCCGGUGCGAGUGGGUCCCGUACGGCGAUCCCAACGGUUCGGUCACCAUCACUGGCUACAAGAUCCUCCCGGACUGGGGCUACGGCCGCGUCUACACCGUCGUCGUCGUCAACUGUACCUUCCCCACCGACGUGGGUGCCGACGGAUCCGGCGGCCUCCUGAUCGUCGCCGCCACAACCGGCGAUACGGCACUCGAUAUGGAGGAGAGAUUUGUCGCUCUCGAGGAAGCCCCCGGGAGCGUGAACGUGACCGUGUUCUCCUCACCGCCGCAGUAUGAUUACCUCUACUGUGGAUCGUCUCUCUACGGGAAUCUGAAUCCCCAAAGGGUAAGGGAAUGGAUGGCCUACCAUGCAAAGCUCUUCGGCGAGAAAUCCCACUUUGUGAUCCACGACGCCGGCGGCGUCCACCCGGGGGUGAUGGAGGUUCUCCGGCCGUGGAUCGAGAAGGGGUUCGUGACGCUGCAGGAUAUCAGGGAGCAGGAGCGGUUCGACGGCUACUACCACAACCAAUUCCUGGUGGUGAACGAUUGCUUGCAUAGAUACAGGUUCAUGGCUAAAUGGAUGUUUUUCUUCGAUUGCGAUGAGUUCAUCUAUGUGCAGCCUAAGACCACCCUCAAGUCGGUCCUCGACUCGCUUUCCGGCUACACUCAGAUCACCUUCGAGCAGAUGCCAAUGUCUGGCAAGCUCUGUCGUUCACAGGACGCCGGGGAUACCCCAAGGAUGUGGGUUUUUGAGAAGCUGGUCUACAGGGAUGUGAAGAGAGGGGUGAGAAGGGAUCGCAAGUACGCGAUCCAGCCCCGUAAUGCCUUCGCGACAGGCGUGCACUUGUCACAGAACAUAGCAGGGAGGAGCCUCCGCAAGGCAGAAAGCAGGAUUACAUACUUCCACUACCAUGGAACCAUAGCAGAAAGAAGUGAUCCUUGCAAGGUGUUUGUUAAUGAUACCACCCUCACCUUCGAGGGCACGCCCUACGUCCUCGAUACCACCCUCCAACAACUCGCCGGCUCUGUCAAGAGAUUCGAGCUCAAGACCAUUGGUUCCCGGCUCCAGCGCACGCGGCAGUAAUUCCUACAUUUUUUGAUUCUUUCUUCUCAUAUUAUUAUUAUACAGAGGUGAUUCUUUUGUUUAGUUUUGUAUUUUGGUUAUAUUGUUAAUGGUGGGCGCUUUUCCCUUGCCAAGCAUCCUUCCACCCUCUUAUAUAUA